CUUUAGGGUGAAAAUUAAUAUCAUGUUUGCGUGCAUGGACGCGAGGCCAUUAGGUACCACACAAAGUUUUAGCGCUAGCAGCCGGAAGGCGGUGGCAUCUUUGAUGGAUUUCUAGGGCGCGCAUCCACUCCGCGGAUCGCUCGAGGUGAGAUUGUGGCCGCCAGCGGCCAAAUCGUCCAUCGCCGGGGUUCUUGAAGGGGUUAUCGAUGAAUCAGGGCAGAUUUUGCAACUAGAGCGAUCGAUCGACCCCCCGAGAAUGCUGCGCCGGCGGAAGCAAGGCAAUGACGAGGAUGGAGGAAGCAAGGAUCGGCAGCAGCAGCAGGAGGAUGGUAAUAGCGGCAGCAAUGGCGAGAAUUCCAAGCAGCAGCAGCAGGGGGGAAAGGAUUCCAUCAAGAUUGGCAAGGAUGAGAAGGGGAAAUCUAGCAUGGUGCCUGGAAUCCCCGUUCGAGCUCGCGAGAAGCCAAAGUGGCGCUGCCUGGAUACAUGCUGCUGGCUCAUCGGCUAUAUGUGUGUCAUGUGGUGGCUCUUUCUGGUGCUCUACAAUGCGGUCCCUUCGCUGCCACAGUACGUGACCGAGGCUAUCACAGGGCCAUUGCCGGAGCUUCCCGGGACAAGGCUGGCCAGAGAGGGGCUCCGUGUCAAGCACCCCGUUGUUUUUGUUCCUGGGAUUGUCACGGGUGGCUUGGAGCUCUGGGCUGGACGUCCUUGCGCGGAAGGAUUGUUUAGAAAGCGACUCUGGGGUGGAACGUUUGGAGAAGUCUACAAAAGGCCUUUGUGCUGGCUGGAGCACAUGAGAUUAGACAAUGAGACUGGCUUAGAUCCGGCCGGCAUUCGAGUGAGAGCUGUGUCCGGCCUUGUGGCUGCUGAUUAUUUUGCACCGGGAUAUUUUGUGUGGGCUGUUCUUAUAGACAAUCUGGCUCGGCUGGGAUACGAAGAGAAGUCAAUGCAUAUGGCUUCCUACGACUGGAGGCUGUCCUUUCAGAAUACAGAGAGUCGUGAUAAAAGCUUGAGCCGGCUGAAAAGCACCAUUGAGCUUCUCGUAAGCACGAACAACAACGAAAAGGUGGUUGUCAUACCGCACUCUAUGGGGGCGUUGUAUUUUCUACACUUUAUGAAGUGGGUGGAAGCGCCGAUUUCUGCAGGUGGUGCCGGUGCCGGCGAAGGCUGGGUUGCAAAGCACAUCAAAAGCGUGAUGAACAUCGGUGGCCCUUUUCUGGGCGUUCCUAAAGCAUUCGCUGGUCUGUUCUCCGCUGAAGCGAAAGAUAUAGCUGUUGCAAGAGCUGUCGCACCAGGUGUUCUUGACUCCGAAUUGUUUGGACUACAGACGCUGCAGCAUAUAAUGUCAGUAACUCGUACGUGGGAUGCUACGAUGUCGAUGCUCCCAAGAGGAGGGGAGGCAAUCUGGGGAGAUUUGGAUUCAUCGCCAGAAGAAGGAUACGAUUGUUCAGGCAAGAAGCCGAAGGUCGAGGAAGUUACCGAAUGCCAAGAGAAGAACAUAACGGAUGGGAAAGAGCUGGGACCGCAUGGAAAGCCAAUGGCACACUACGGGAGGAUGGUAUCUUUCGGAAAAGAUUCAGUGCAGAAAGCUUCUUCUGCUCUCGAUAGAAAGAUUGACUUUAAGAAUAUAGAUAAACAAACGCCCGUGCGAGAGAAUGUCUCGUGCGGAGACGUGUGGACGGAGUAUCACGAGAUGAGCUGGGAGAGCGUUCAAGCCGUGGCCGAUGGCAAAGUGUACACAUCUUCGGGGAUGCUUGAUGUUUUGAGGUUCGUGGCACCGCAAAUGAUGAAGCGAGCUGAUGCAAACUGGGCUUACGAGAUUGCUGACGACCUUUCGGAUCCGAAGUACCAGCAUUACAAGUACUGGUCAAAUCCUCUCGAGUCGACACUGCCAAACGCCCCGGACAUGGAAAUCUUUUGCAUGUACGGUGUCGGUAUCCUGACCGAGAGAAGCUACGUCUACAAGCUAUCGUCAGACAACGACACUUGCUACAUCCCGUUUAGAAUCGACGCAUCGGCCGAGAAGGAUUCGGAAGGAUGUCUGAAAGGCGGAGUCCACUUCGUCGACGGCGACGAGACGGUGCCAGUCCUCAGCGCAGGCUUCAUGUGUGCCAAACCUUGGCAAGGCAAGACUCGCUUCAACCCAAGCAACAUCUCCAGCUUCACCAGGGAAUUCCAGCACGCUCCUCCGGCGAAUUUGCUCGAAGGCCGCGGCACGCAGAGCGGCAGCCAUGUCGACAUCAUGGGAAACUUUGCGCUGAUCGAGGAUGUUCUCCGGGUUGCCGCUGGCGCGUCCGGCCGGGACCUCGGUGGCGACAGGGUCGUCUCGAAUCUUCCAAAGUGGUCGGAGCGAAUCAAGCUGAAACUCUGAGACUUCCACAAGAGACCCUUUGCUCGAAGGUCUCAUCGAUUCAAGUGGUGUAAGAAGCACUUUCAUCGAGGAUCCGAAAGUAUGAAUCGAGUUGGAAACUUCGGUAGUUCCCAACUUUCCUGUAGUAUCCCCUCUAUAUGGUGGAAGAAGCUCUUCAUCAAAGUAUGAAUUAAAGUUGGAAACUUUGAUA